UGGUGGUACUGUGUAGAAUGGCAGCUCGCCUUGUGUUUGUGUGUGUGAUCCGAAUGCCAUGAGAUUUACUUUACUGGGGUGCUGAGUAUUCUGCAUACAUUUAUGUGGAGUUUUGUCAUAAUAUCGCCUAACUAAUAUAGGUAAAUUACAGCUACUUCCCCCGUUUAAUAGAAUUAUUAAAAUACGGCGCCCAGCAUUGCAGCACCAGACACGAAAUAGGGACAGAAGAAACGGGAGUCAUUCACUCAGUGCAGAAAACACAACUAUUUGCAUUGGCAGUGCACACGUACACCACCGGUACCAACAGCGCACGACGUGAAUGCUAAAUGCUGAAUAGUGAAUUGCUUUGUGGAACUGUCAGUAUCAAGUCGUCUGAAAACCCUUGCUCUUUUGUACGCUAUUUGCAUUUUCUGAAGACCGAAUAUUUUUUAGAGCUUGUGGAGGCACGUGGUGUGCUACCUACUAAUAUUGAAAUGAGGUAGGAAAGCCGUCAUUUCAGAGACUGUAUAAUCGUGGACUACCAGCACGCAGUUCUCGGAGUCCAUCCUCACGCCGUGGACCGGGAGUCGUCAGAGCUAGGACUACCCGUGAUUGGACGGGCUUGGACCGACUGGCUUGGAUCCUCUCUCUGCAGUACGGGACCGCCGGACAAAGUGACAACAACACACUGUGUACGGUGUGGUGAACGUUUUGCACUCCGGAGCAGUUUUUGACUGCAUGCCUGUCGACUGUUUUUGGAUCUAUUUUAGAAGUUCAGUUGUGGCGUCACACACAUGAUUAUUUUGAGUCCUUGAUGCAGAAGUUUUCAUCAGGCCUUUGGUGAGAUCUAAUUUGCAUUGCGUCUAGCCAUGGCAACUGGUACUAUUUUAUUGCUGAUCGGAGUGAUCACCACUCUGGUCCCAGGAUUGAUGGUGGUUGCAAAUCAAGAGACAUCAUGGAGCAUUUCAUCAAAUCGUACACCAUUUAUUCUCAAUGGCAGUGAUCUGAACAUGAACUGUACACUGAAUCAGACUAAGACCAAGAAUGCAUCCGAUAUCAUUUGGACAGCUUGUUCCAAUAGCUUAGAGUCGAUUCCCAUAGCGGAGCAGUACUCAGUGGAGUUGAUCGACGGUCGAACAUCCUCCAUCCGCAUCAAGAAUCUGCCGAUGCGAGGCAACGCUAUCUACUUUCAAUGUGUGCUGCAGGAUUCUGGUCAAUGUGAUGACUUUGAUCAUCUUGUUGAGGUGUAUGUUGCACUACUUCCUGCUCCAGCGAGGGAUCUUGAAUGUUUUAGCCAUGAUGCACUGAAAGUAACGUGUACUUGGAGGGAUGGCGGAGGUAACUCCAUCAGGGUCCGGAAAAAUUACUUCCAAUACAGGGACAGAUUUGCUGCAGAGGAUUGGAAGACACUGGAACGUGCAUGGGACAACAAUCGUGCUACAAUAAAUGCAAGCAUUUUUGAGAUGCAAAUUCGAGUCAUUCAAGAAAAUGUUCUUGGCAAUUGUUCCUCGCCUAGCUCGACCCGCUUUUCUAUACCCAAACACACGAUUCCCAACGUGCCCAAAAACAUCUUAGUGGAUUUCACCUUGGGAGAGAGUGAUGUGAUCAGCAUGAGAGUACAGUGGGCUAUUCCAGAGGGAUGGAAGAAGGCUCAUGUCUACUUAGAGUAUCGGAUUAAUUAUACAGCUGAAGGCUCCAAUCAGGAUACUGUUGUGGAAGUCAACAAUACUAGCUAUACAGUGUCUAACCUAUGGCCAUACAGUAACUACACUGUGAUGGUGGCAAGUAAACUUCAGUCUGCAGAUAAUUGGAGUGAAUGGUCCCCGGGGGUCACUAACCUUUCACCUGAGAUUGCACCAAGCGGCCCCGUUCUCCACCUGAACAGUUCCAUGAAGACUGGGAAGACUGCCCUCUAUAAACGGGACAUUGUCUUAACAUGGAAGGCUCCAAGUCCAGAGAGAAGAAAUGGGCUCAUCAGAGGAUACCUAGUUGAGAGUAAACAAAUUGGUAAUGUCACCGUCUAUCAACCGCAGUAUGUCAUACCAGGCCUUGACAACUUCAAAUCCUAUGAUGUGCGAGUUGCAGCAUUCACUAAAGAGGGCGCUGUUGGGCCGUACAGUUCCUUGAUCGUCGGUGAUUUGACUGAAGUGCCAGAUCCAGUUGAGAAUUUCCGAUCUGUUGAGCCGACGCCCACCAGUAUCCAAUUAAUGUGGGACACGCCCUCCAACCCCAAGGGUGUGGUCAAAACUUACUUUAUUGAAUGGACAGACUCCAAGAACUCUAGAAAUGUCUACAUAUAUGGACUUGCAACCAAUUAUUCCAUUGGAGAGCUGCAGCCAUAUACAAAGUAUACAAUUUCCAUCAGUGUUCAAAACAGUGCUGGAACCAGUACCACAGUCAGCCAACAAGUUCAGACGGAUUUUGCAGAACCGACACAACCCCAAGAGUUAGUGGUACGCAGGUUUUCUCCAACUAAGAUCACAAUUGACUGGGAGAAACCAGAGGUGUUUGAUGGCCCGAUGAGUUGGUACAAUAUCAGGUACAGACCGCUGACAGAACCGUCGGGGUCUAGCAUCAACAAAUCUGUUUCCGAUUCCUCCAUCACCCUUACAAUUAACUGCUCAGCAUUUGAUGAAGCCGUGCCGUUUGUAUUUGAGAUCUUCAGCAUGAUUGGAAGUGGAGGCAAGGAGAAGAUGGUUCGAACUCCUGUGAAAAUAGAGGAGGAAAUGUGCGGGGGUGCAAUGCCAUAUACAACAAUAAUGAUCAUAAUACUGAUUGUGGCAUUCUCCUUGGUACUGCUGAUCCUCUGCCUCUGCUAUUCAAUCCGCAAUUCCUCCAUCAUGAAACCUGUGCCGGAUCCAUUUUUCAUCAAUGGAAUUCUGGAACUCUCGAAUGACAAGUUUAAACCCAAUGGGCGUCUUUCCUCACGUCGGCAAGAGAAGGAAGAUUAUGAUGUCUUGAGAACGAGUGAGUUCACCAAUGAGUUGAUAGGUAAAGGGCAAGGGAUUGUGUCCAUGGGUUCAAGCAGUGGAAGUAGCAGUGACCAAGGGUUCCAUGAAAUGAAUGGUGAGAUGGAGAAUAUGAGCCUGGAGGUAGGAAGCGGUGUGUCAGUCAAUCGUUACUCCAGUGGGUACUGUCAAUCUGACUCUGACCUCCAACAGCAGAGGAUGCUCUCAAUGCAGGAGACUGAUGAAGUGGACUCAGUGUUUAAUCAUCCUGAGGACGAUGACGACGAUGAUAGUGUAAGCCAAACCCAGGUUGUUACAAGCUACAGAAUCACCCUGCCUCCAAGUGAGGCCACAUCUCCUGAACCCGUUCAGAGACGGGUAGGUAGCCUAGAGAGUGUCCAGUACACCUCCAGAAGAGUGUCACCGGUAAUCGCCAGGAGAACACCUUCAACUGGUCCGUCAACCCCUGAACAACAGCGCUCAGGUAGUCAAUCUGGUUAUAUGAGCUAUGUACAGGUAGGGGCACUCAUCCAACAGUUUCCUCCAGCGGGUUUGAGACGGCAAGAUACUGGAGAGGAGUCAGAUACAGCCUACAGCCAAAUGGGGAUGCAGAUGCCAAUACCUACAUCUCCACCCCCACCUUAUGCGUCAGUCUGGCCAUCAGAUACAAGUCCAGAAACAAUUGAGCCUACUACCAUUAUAGACAUGGGUAAAGAAGAGAUGGACGGACUCCACGGGGAACUAGGCUUCAACAAUAACAGUAAGGAGAUUCCAGAUAUUCAUGGCAACAACAACUUCAGACCCCAGGCGAAUGACAUCAUCGUUGCGACAGCGUUCUCAUCACCGGCUCCAGCUGGAAGCCUCAUGCCGUCUGUCCGUUCUCCACUUCCUAGGUUAUCAUCCUCAGGGAGUGACAACUACAUCGAUGUCAUCGGAGGAAACAUCUCACCGAGGGCAAAUCCAUCGACUCCCGGAUCCCCGACAGUAAUUUCCUCUCCACUGCCAGUGUCCUGUGGCAACAGCGACACCAGCUGUCAGGACUAUGUCAUGCAGUGUCAACUACCCCCACCUAGCCCCAUGGAGACUUCAAUAGUGUGAAGCUUUCAAACUUUAUGAAGAAUUGCCGAAGUGAAAAGUCAAGUCUGAGGGACAAAGAUUCCUCUGUGAUGAGGGUUUCAAAGCAAUUCAAAUUUAUUUGAAAACUGAGGACACUGUGAUGCUACCAUAAACUGUAAUGAAGUAACAGGGGCAUGAAGCGCCUACAGGCCUGGAAUUUCAUCUCUUAAAGGGCAAGGCCAUUUCAUUUUGCAAGGGGACUUCCACUGGAAAAUCUUAAAGUCAAAGGGAAACUUUUGAAAGGGCACCAAGGCCAAGACAUGGGGCAACGAGUGUUGGAAAACGUAUAUUAAAAGCUUGACAAGACAUUGAACUCUUGGAGCUUUGUCUUCUUAUCUUUACCCACCAGAGAUGAUGAUUUGGUUCAUACAACAACUUGAUAAAGUGGUUUUAUUUUGGACUUGAAUUACACACAAAUUGUUGUGCUAUGUUUUUUGUUUGGUUUUGCUAUAUUGUUACUUGCAAUUGCAUCUCUUCCACUAAUAUUUGAUUUUUCAAUUUGUUUGGAACUUAACACCAACUGUAUUCAGGAUUGUAUUCCCACCUCUAUUUUGACUUACUUUUAUUUAUUAAAAAUUGUUUAAAACAUGUAAAUAUAAAGAAUUAUUUACAAAUUUAGCUCCUACUUGUGACAGUAGAGUUGAGUUCUCCCUGAAGUUGGACAGAGUUAAGGUUUACUAAUUGUUGUAUUCAUGUUAAAAUGGUGUAGAUAGACAAAUUGCAGGUUUGUAAAAUUCAUAAAUUCUGGCAUGCAACUGAUAACCUGAUUUCAUCUUCUUUUUUCAAAACAGUGCCACAGAAAAGUUGUGGGAAUUUUUGGUAAUGACAAAGUUGCGUGUCUGUAAAUUUGGUCUUUAGAUGGGAUGGGAUGUAAACCAUAGGUCCUGAAUGUUGUGCAAUGCACAGAAAAAGAACCUAGUUACACUUUAAGAGAAGGGCUUUGUCCUUGAAAGGGAAUUCAAAAGCAAACAGAUUUCCGUUUUUUAUAUUGUUCCAAAACAAAAAUUGCUUAAACUGUUCUCAAACAAAAUCUUCAUGGUGAAAAUUGAGUAUGUAAAGUUCGCUCUAAAAACAUGCACGAUGUUUUCUAAGGACCAUGUAACACUAGGCAAUUUACAGGCAGCCAGUUCCAGGCAAUCUUCAAGAAGAGAAUUCGUUCACAUUUCAAUGUUCACAUGUAUUCUUCUUGGGGAUCUUAAGACAUUGUUUGAAAAGUUACUCAUGUGCUACCAAAGUGGUCUUGUAGUUUGCACUGCAGUUGAUUGCCUCUAAGUUGCCAAGUGUGACAAGGCCCUAAGAGUGCUGGCUUUACUCAUGAUGAGUAGUCACGCAAUUGAUCAUCAAUGUAAACAAAAAGAUUUUAUUAUACGAAAUCAUGUUUUUCAGAAAUUCAAUGUACAAUUUGACUGUUCUUUCUUAAAACAGAUCACAUUAUUUGAAAGAUGCAAAACCAAAACUGAACAAAAUAUUUUUGUUACAACUGUAUUUAACAAUGGCAGCUAUACUCUAGGAAUCAUGAGAUAUGGACGAAAUUUGUUUUUACUUUAUCGUAUUCAUCAGCAUUUAACAUAAUUGCAAUGAAAUUCUAAGAGUCAAGACUCCUGAAAAAAUAUGUCAGGAAGAGUAAGUGUAUGUUGUUUUUGUCAAAAUGUUUUUAAAAGUUUGAAAAUACUUGUUUUGAGACAAGAUUUACACCAAAGAUAUUUGACCUUAUGGACUAGCCGCCCUGUUGUAUAUAUAUCAUAAACUGAGUGUGUAGAAACAAAUGUAGAACAAAUAUAUGUCGAUUUAUAUAUUGAAGCUAGUUGCUCAAAUUAAACAGCUGAGCCUAAUUUCAUAGCACAUUGCUAAAAUCUGAGCUUAUAGCAACCAACUGUCGAGGGAUACCAUAAGCCCAGAAUUUCACAUUAAACAGAGCCUUUAACUUGGACCUUAGGUCAAUACCUUGAAGCCCUUGGUGAGGCUUGUCAGCUGAUCAGCUAACUUCACCUUCGAUUGUGUCAAUACAUUUAACACUGUCUAUGACCUAGUUGUGUGUGCUUGGUCAUUUCCCCCUUUUCGUAGUUACAAAGUUACAGAAACUGACAAGACGUAGAAUUGGGGAUAAGGUUCUUGGUCCUCUAUUUGUACAUUUCUUCCUAGCUUGACCAAAUCCUUAAACUUGACCAAAUCCAUUUGGAAGGGAAGUGCAGUGUAUAAUCGUAGAGUUAGGACUGGUAUAAUUCUGUAACCCAAUUGUUACUAACACCAUAGAGCUAGUUUACAUGUAUAGUUAUAUUGCUGUCAGGCCAACAUGCGAGGUGCACCAGCCUACUGAGUAUACUUUGGUUCCCCUUUUAAAAAACCUUUUAAAGGCAGUGGACACUAUUGUUAAUUACUAAAAAUAAUUAUUAGCAUAAAACCUUUCUUGAU